UCGGGAGGCUCAUAUCCCUACUUUAAUUGCGUUACAACUCAGUAUCCGUAUUCUAUGACAAGGGAAAGGACGUCUACAGCUCAAACCAUGAAUAAAGAUGUGGAGGAUGUCAUUGGACCAGACAAUCCAACGACUGAGGAAGCCAGCCAAAUUUCCUGUGAUCCGUUCCAGCUCCAUCAUCAGACUCUUGGUGCCAGCAAGGCAUUAUGUCCAGAAAAGAAGCCAGAGGAUGCAGGGGAAGCUAUGGAGAUCAUCCUGGAUCACGCCGGGGCUAUGGGCGUGUACCAGCGGUGGCUAUUCGUAUCCAUGCUGCCCUUCGGGGCCACGAUGGCCUUCGUCUAUUUCACGAGCAUCUUCACUGUAGCCACUCCUCAAAGUCACUGGUGUAGGAUUCCUGAGUUAACACAUUUGGACCUUGAGUUAAGAAGAAACCUGUCAGCCCCAGGGGCGACCACAGCUGGAGCGAACUAUGAGCAUUGGGACCGGUGUCAGACGUUCGUUGCCAACUGGUCAGCAGUCCUGGAAUCCCUACAGCCGCCGACUGACGCACCCACGGUCCCCUGCCGGCACGGAUGGGACUUCCAGCUACUCGAUGUGCCUUAUAACACAGUUGUUUCUGAGCGCGGGUGGGUAUGUGAAUAUGGCACGUAUGUACCAUUGACACAAUUCAUAUUCUUCGGUGGUGCGUUCUGUGGUGGACUGAUCUUCGGAUGGAUGGCUGAUCGAGUGGGCCGCGUGCCGUCUCUCGUGGCGGCAAAUCUGGUCGGUUUCGUGGGCAGUGUGGCGUGUAUCUUCACCAACACUCACUGGGACUUCGCAGUAUGCAGGUUCAUUGCCGGCCUGAGCUACGACAAUUGUUUCAUGCUCGUCUAUAUUCUGAUUCUAGAGUACGUAGGAGCUCAGCACCGGACUUGGGUGGCGAACUUGUCCAUCAUGCUGUACUUCGGUGGCGCGGCGAUCCUGCUUCCAUGGCUGGCGCUGUGGCUGGCUGACUGGCGGCUCCUGACGCUGCUCACUUCCCUGCCCAUGCUGGCUGCCCUCGCUGCGCCGUUGCUGCUACCAGAGAGCGCUAGGUGGUUAGCAUCUCGCGGCAAGCACAAGCGUACAAUGAAAAUGUUGCGGCGACUUGAACGCGUCAACGGCACGCACAUACCACAACAAGCCCUUGAUGACUUUAUCGCGCUUUCAAGCAACCGAAAGGAGGAUACAGAUGAGAGUUUGAAAGCCGUGUUAACGAGCCCUCGAUUGCUAAUACUUCUAAUACUGAAUGUGGUUCUGUACGCCGCCUGCGCUCUGGUGUUCGACGCCCUGGUGCGCAUGUCUGGCAGCGUUGGUUCGGAUAUGUUUGUAACGUUCGCUAUAUCUUCCGCCACUGAAAUACCUUCUUUGCUACUGGUCGUAUUGCUACUUGACAGAAUCGGCAGACGAGCGAUGGCCACGGGAACACUCACUCUCAUCGGGACACUAGCUAUGAUAGCAGCAUUCGUACCCAAAGGGUCCCCGCGCGCGUGGCUAGCAAUCAGCGCGCGGUUCUUCAGCAACAUGUCGUUCAACACGAGCAUCCAGUGGGUGACGGAGCUGCUACCGACAGGCGCACGCGCAUCAGGCUCUUCCCUCGUGCACGUCACCUCCUUCCUCGUGUCCAGCGCGUCGCCUUUUGUAGUAUAUCUGGAGCAAUACUGGGGCGGUCUGCCGCUGGUGGUGACGUCUUCAGUGGCACUGACAGCCGCUGCCAUCAGCCUGCUGCUGCCUGAGACGCUGGGCCAGGCCAUGCCACACUCCUGCGCAGACGCCGAACGGCUCAUCACACACCACUCGCUCUUGGGUAUUUUUUUACGUGGACCAACCGACAAGGAUGUCGAAGAUGAAUCAAACGGUGAAGAAAAAGGAUAAUUCCGUUAGUCGAAUUACUACUUCAUCCAAUUCUUAUCGGAUCGGUGUCCAAGAAUGUCUUAGAUAGUAGAAAAUAACUUAGAGAUUGCGUAUGUAGUAUGUAAGCUAAGCACCUACUAUACAAAUAUGACGUGUUCUAUAACCACUUUGGAUCCAGCAUUUGACGGAAUCGGAUAACAAUAUGACAAAAACAUAAUCAGUCUAUAACGUCCCAGUGAUGGGCUCAGGCAUCCUCUCAUUCAACCCGGAGGAGGUGAUGAUGAUGAUGAUGUCCUCCCAGACGUAUCCGUCGAUGGCGACACCCUUAGCUAGUGUUAGCCUGGGCUUUUGCAUGGGCGCGGGCGCGACUAGCACAACCAAAUUUAGUUUUGAAAGUCCUGUUGCAAGAAGCACAAUAGAGAGCCCCACUUGAGUUAUAAGUGUAGUGGUAGGAGGGCCUUCGGAUCUGGCGUUUGGCCGGAGGAGGUAUGGAGCAUACUAACACACUGCUAUACUUCUUAGCGGUAUUAUACGGCUAAUAGCCGAGACCAACGACUUAACGUGCCUUCCGAAAUGGAGAUCACUCAAUCAAAACAAAAGUAGUGCAAAAGCGCCCCCAGCUUAUUUGAUCCUACUGCUGGGCUGAGGCCUCCAUCAUAUCUGAUGAGUGUUUACAAUAGGGGGGUUAAGAGAAAAGAUUGAUGAUGCGUGCGCAUCGCUCCGGAUGCAUCCGACAAAUGUUUACGAUGAACAGAACUACACAUAGUGGACUAGUUGUGGGUUGAACCUUAUCAAUUCUAUCAUACAGCUUUAAUGACCAUUUUACUAAGGUCAAUUAAAUAAGAUGUCAAUUAACUUAGGUGAAAAUAACUUUGUGAAAAACUAAAAAUCAAUGAACACUGAGCCGGGAAAGCGAGACAAGAUGAUCGCGAGAUUUAGUUCGCGAUUUUACACAAAAACCUAUUACAAUAUCAAUCAAUCAAAUCAUUUAUUGUAUGAAUUUGGGUCCAUAAUUCGAUCUUAAAAGUAACCUUAUGGCUUAAUCCCACCAAACUCUAUCUUUGGAGACAUAUACAAACAUUAUUUACAAUACGGGAAAAAUAACAUUCACAAAUAUAGAUAUAUUAUAACAAAAUUUAGCCUUAGUUAUUUAAAAAAUGAUUGAUAGACUUGGAAUAGGUCGGUAAUACUGCGUAUAGAACAGUAAGGCCGGGUUUCCACUGACGCGGAGAUGGGCGGAGAAGAGCGGAGAUGAGCGGAUUUGACCAAUCACAGCGUUUGAGAGAGCGAAAAACGAAGACGCUCUGUCACUCUCUCCCUCACGGUGAUUGGUCGAUUCCUGCACAUCUCCGCACAGCUCCGCGUCAAUGGAAACGCAGCCUCACUCGCCGCCUGCACUAAUUUGUAUCGGGGGCUAAGUCAUUGAACCCUUUCCAAAUAAAAACAGUGAUAGAAUCGGCCUAGUGCGAGAGAGAUAUCUACUAAGAAAAAGAAAAAGUGUAUUUGGAUCAGUGGCAGCCCUAGGGCGGCAAAAAAACCAAGACUGGUCCACCCUAGCCGCAAACUAACUUCAUCGGGUUAGAUUGCGGCCGCAUAAAAUCCAUACCGGGUGGCCGCAAACAACAUUUUAAAAAGAUAAACAAAAAAAUUGUUAUAAUAGUAAUAGUUAAAUUUCGGUAGCCGUAAAGUAACCAAAAAAAAAUUUUAUAUUUUAUGGGGCAAAAAAUUACAUAAACAUUUUUAAAAGAUUUAAACAGGUAAAUUUCGGUGGCCAUAAACUAAUCGAAUAAUUUUGUAUUUUACGGGGCUGAGGGGUGCCAAUUUGAGAGAGAGAGAGAGAGAGAGAGAAUGUUUAUUCAACAAAUUGUGACACACGUUGAUUGUGUGAUUGUGAUUCAGGUCUUGCACCACCUAAAUAUUUUGCUAGGGCCGCCACUGAUUUGGAUGAGUGUCAUACGCACCAUGUAAGAACGCACGCGCGAACCAGCCAGCACUGGAAUGCACCGGAGAGCCGGAUAGCCACGCACAAGCACGCACUGCGCCAUUCCAGUGCUGGUUCACAUUAUUCCAAUAUUCCAGUACUGGAUUCAAUCGCUGGACUGGAAUGUCUUCCUACUGGAAUAAUGUGAACUGCGAGUAGAUUAACUGGCACUGUGAAAGAAAAAAAAAGUUGGCACCAUGUUAGAUAAUGAGAUUUAGGAAAUAUUAAAUCUUAAUCUACCUCGAAAUCUAUACAAUAAUAAGUAACUAUUAUUUUUUAUAAAAGGAAAUUUUUAAAGGUGCAUUUACAUACUAUAUUUAUUAAAUCUAGUUAUAAAACGGAUACGUUCCUAAAAUAAAAUAUCUAAAGUACUUACUUCA